AUGGCGUCCAAUUCUAAAUACCGUCAGCAGCAUGUGUAUAGACAUGAUGUACACAGAAAGCAUGUGAUUCCUGUACCAGUCGUUCACGUUUCUCCUGAAAUUGCCAAUGCCAUCAGGCGUCGUGAUGGUAUUGGUGGUGUUGACUAUUGGAAUCAUGAUUCAGGAGGACAUGGAUAUGUGUAUCGACCAGUUAGACGAGUGACUGUGGAGGAAGCAUUUCCUAGACUCAGUGGUAAUGGAAUAGAUAAACCUUCCAAAUCUUCCAAAUUCAACAAUAAAAGUAUAAAAAAUUCGGAAAUAAAGAAAUCGAAAUCAUUGGACGUUGAGAGUAAAGAAUUUCACUCUGAUCCGGGUCGGAAUUACCAUGUAUAUAACGCUAAAAUACGAUAUGAUUUAGAAAAAGACGUUACAACUUACAAUAAUCUGGGAUCCAAAUCGUCCAAACCGGACAAGAAAGUUUCCACUAAGCAAAAUGGACAUGUGAUUCAACAACACAUAGGUAACGCAAGCGACGCAAUUCCAAAUGGUACUAUGUCUCGGUUACAACCAAAUGGAAAUGUAGGACUACCAAGUUAUCGUGUCAUUUCCUCAGGGAAAGACAGUAUAUCCAAUCAAAAACAAUCAACGUGGUCUGAAAUGACUCAUCUUACCGUGAACGGUUCUUUAAACAGAUUUCCAGAGACAGCAUUCCAAAAGGUUGGAAUGAACCAUACAUUUAGAAUUCCACGGCCUAAGGCAACAAUAUCCAGAAAUAAUAGCUUGAUUCGUGAGAGUAUUAACCUUACUGCUUCUAAAAAACGUGGUGUUACAUUUGGUCAAGAUAAGGUGUACGAGUAUACUCCACAAGAACCCUUGAAUCAUUAUCCUAUUCAUGAGGAAUUGAUCUAG